AUGGAGAGAGAGGUGGCAUACCACAGAAGUGGGGGAAGUGCCAAGAUCCAGCAGUAUGAAAGCAGUUUUGGACCUCAGCGCAAGAAAAUGCGAAAAGCAACGUAUGAAAAUACGGAACAGGCAGUCCUACAAUGGUUUAAGGCCGCCCGAGAUAAGAACAUUCCCGUAUCUGGUCCCCUUCUAAUGGCAAAGUCUGAGGAAUUUGCUACCCAGCUCGGCGACACACAGUUUAAAUGCUCCACGGGUUGGCUGGAUAGAUUCAAAGAACGUCAUGCUAUAACUUUCAAACGCUUGUUCUUUCGUCUACUACCUGAUAAAACUUUAGAGUUUAAAUGUGUAGACUGCCACGGGGGCAAAAGCAGCAAAGAUAGGCUAACUGUGCUCGCUUGUGCGAACAUGUCUGGUUCAGACAAGUUGCCUUUGCUGGUCAUAGGGAAGGCAAAAAACCCUAGAUGCUUCAAAAACGUGAAAAGUUUACCAACAUCAUACGAAGCGAACAGUAAAGCCUGGAUAACUUCAGAGCUUUUUACGAACUGGGUUCGUAAACUUGACAGGAAGUUCCACUAUCAAGGGAGAAAGGUUGCCUUGGUAGUGGACAACUGCCCAGCGCAUCCCAAAGUAACGGGACUUAAAGCUGUCAGUCUGAUUUUCUUGCCCCCUAACACAACCAGCAAAACUCAGCCAAUGGACCAGGGCAUUAUUCAAAACCUGAAAGUCCAUUACAGGAAACUGGUCAUUCUGAGGCAGCUGAAAGCAAUUGAAAAUCAGACAGAGCUCACUAUUAGUGUCCUUGACGCUAUGCGUAUGCUCAAUCAAGCCUGGGCAAAAGUCUCGGAAAAAACAAUUCAGAAUUGUUUUCGACAUGCCAACUUCACCAGUGCACCCGAAGAAGAGGCCGUGUCCGAAGAUGAAGACCCUGACGAUGACAUCCCAUUGGCUGCCCUCCGCUUGAGAAUUCCCCUUGAUGAGUAUGCUGGAGUUGAUGACAACCUAGAGACAUCUGAGGCCACUACAGACGCUGCGAUUGUAGAAAAUAUCCUUUCGGCGGGAAGAAACUGUGACGAGGACGCCGGUGAAGAUGACGAAGACGACGUACAGGCACCACCAGUCAAAAAGCCACCUAUGAAAGCAGUUUCAAGUGCAGUUGAACUCAUCUGCACCUGGGCAGAGAUGACCGAAAACACAAGUGACCUACUUCCCACACUGCAGAAAAUUCAGCAGCGUAUUACUGUGUUGCUGAACGUGAUAUUCAUUGAAAAAGUGAUUUUCUAA